AUGGCGAAUUCAGAGAGCCCAUUGAUUGUAGCUUUUGGAGAGAUGCUCAUCGACUUUGUGCCCGACACUGCAGGAGUUUCGCUGGCUGAGUCCACGGGCUUCCUCAAGGCCCCCGGUGGUGCACCUGCCAAUGUGGCUUGUGCCAUCACCAAGCUUGGUGGUAAAUCGGCUUUCGUUGGAAAGGUUGGAGAUGAUGAGUUCGGGCACAUGCUGAUCAACAUAUUGAAGAAGAAUGGGGUGAACGCCGAGGGAGUGUGCGUGGAUACGCAUGCUAGAACGGCGUUGGCGUUUGUGACCUUAAGGAAGGACGGUGAAAGGGAGUUCAUGUUCUACAGGAACCCUAGUGCUGACAUGUUGCUAAAGGAUUCAGAGCUAAACAUGCCUCUUAUUAAGCAAGCUAAGAUAUUCCACUACGGAUCCAUUAGCCUCAUCUCCGAGCCAUGCAGAUCGGCUCAUAUGGCAGCCAUGAAAGCCGCUAAGGAUGCCGGUAUUAUGCUUUCCUAUGAUCCCAAUGUUAGGCUGCCUCUCUGGCCCUCUGCUGAUGCUGCUAGGGAGGGGAUCAAGAGCAUAUGGAAUCAGGCUGAUUUCAUCAAGGUGAGCGACGACGAGGUGCAUUUCCUAACGCAAGGAGAUGCAGAAAAAGAAGAUGUGGUUCUGUCCCUAUGGCAUGACAACCUCAAACUGCUUGUCAUCACUGAUGGUGAGAAGGGCUGCAGAUAUUACACUAAGAAAUUUAAAGGAAAGGUGACUGGCUUCUCUGUUAAAGCUGUCGACACAACUGGUGCUGGUGAUGCAUUUGUUGGCUCAUUUUUGCUUUCCAUGGCCAAAGAUAUGUCCAUCUUUGAGGAUGAAACAAAAUUGAAGGAGGCUCUGUCUUUUUCAAAUGCUUGUGGAGCAAUCUGUACUACUCAGAAGGGUGCAAUUCCAGCUCUUCCAACCCAGUCUGCUGCUCUUGAACUCAUUUCCAAGUCCAAAUCCAAGUAG